UUUGGUAGAGUUAUAUGGCCAAAGACCACAUUCUACCAUCAAGUGUCGGUGUUUUCUUUCAACAAUGCCAUUUUAUUCAUGAUUUGGGACGAGAAACCUUGUGAACAAUACCGUGAGUGGUCAAAAAACUAGCCCAAUCGUUUUGAAGAGCUUUAAGCUUGCAAUCUAACUACAGCUCAACUUGAUCAUUAAUAAUAAUAUACAAGUCAAAGGACUAUUUUUUUUAAUGUAUUAUAUUAUUGGAAAAUGGUUGGAUAGUGAUAAGAGGGUAUUAUUAUUAUAAAGAUUAAAUAGAGUAGACCAUCUCUACAUAUCUCUACAGCUAUUAUGGAUCAAUUGGACAGCCUGUAACUGUAAACAUUUUUAAAUGUUUCAUUCUCUCUUCUCUUCUUUCUCUUUCUCAUCAGUUCAUACUAGUUUCAAACUCACAAUCCAAUCUUUUUCUGCAAACAAUCAAAGCUUAUUAUUAGUUGAUCAUUGUGGCAGAAAUGGUGAGAUUAUGUGAUUUGCCAAAGGAAAUAAUUGAGAAAAUCAUGUUGUGGGCACCUGCUGAUUCUGUGUUUCAGUUUAAAUUUGUUAACAAGUUUUGGUAUUCCCUUAUCUCGGGUUUGAUCAACAACCCGGAAUUUGUUUCCAAACACCUUCUCAUCACCAAAAACCAGUCCACUACAUCCUUACUUUUCAACUUGCCAUCCCCCCAUGUGGAUCAUCGCUUGAUCACAUUCCCAUUGUUGACUAUAACCUCUAAUGAUGAUGAUGAUGAUGAUGAUGAUGAUGAUGAUGAUGAUGAUGAUGAUGGUAAGAAGGAUCAUUUCAUAGCAUCCACAGAAGCUUGUAGUGUACCGCUUAUUUGUAACCGGUUGUUGAAUAAAACCCAUGAGGAGGAUGAGGAUGAUGAUGAAGAUUUCAGUGUAAUACUUAUUCCUGAUGCAAGGUACAAGGAUAUGAAUCAAUGGAGGGAGGCUUAUACAUGUGAUGGACUCAUUUUGCUAGUAAAUAAGUUUUGGACAAUGGUGUUAUGUAAUCCUGCUUUGAAAGAAUUCAUGGUUCUUCCACGACCGUACAACAUCACAUUUCAAUCGGCUUUACCUGCUAUAGUAUUUGGAUUCGCCCCAGUGAGCAAUGAUUACAAAUGUGUUGCAGUUUGGUGCAGUUACGAAGGAUUGAAAGUUGAGGUAUACACAUUGGGAUCUAAUUCAUGGAGAGAGAUCAACACACAUGAAGACAUAUGGGAUGACAUACAGGAUGAAAUGACGGAAGUUGAGGAAUUAUACGACGGUUUAUGUUGGGGAGGUGUUUGUUACUGGUUGGUUAAGGAUCCAUCCGGUGAGGAUGAUAACAUGAUCUUGAGUUUCAAUUUGAGUAAUGAGGAACUCCAACUCUUUCAUGUGCCAGAUCUUGAAGCUUUGGGCAUUGAAUGUGGUUAUUGGCUCCACCUUUCGGUGUGGAAUGAUUCAGUAAUGAUGUGUUUGACAACUGAAAACUUAAUCAUUCAUAUCUUUAGGAUGGAUGAAGCUGAAGAAGAUUCUUGCACCGAAUAUGAUGUGAAGGUUGGACCAAUACACAAUCAUCACAAAGUGUUACCAUAUUGGAAGAAUGAUGAGAUUCUAAUGAGUAUCGGGAAGGAAGAUGAUAUGACUAAUCUAAAAUUGGUGUAUUGCAACAUUUUCACCCAACAGAUGAGAGAUGUUUGUGAUAUGGAUAAUAGCAUAUUAGAUAGUUCAGUUUGUUCUUAUGUAAAAAGUCUUGUUUCUAUUAGGGGGUAAGUUUGUUUGUUUGGUUAUUGUAGAAAAUAGUGAUUCGAAUUGUGUAUUGAUUUCAUAGAAUAAUACAUAUUUA